CCGAAGACGCCACUGAAACGUCAACCGCAACCGCAGUCGAAGGGAGGUGCGGUUAACCGCAAACCGCAACCGACGGUUUCGGUUUGUUUGUGCGGUCAGUCGAGACUGAUGGCCGUCGCGAUCUCCACCCUGCUCACCGCCGUUUCUUCUUCCUCCACUUCCACCCCUUCCGCAGAGAACGUCGUCUCUUCCCUCUACCGAAUCACCCUCUCCUCCCACAAGAAAUGCCUCUUCUUAUCCGUCACUGAUAGUGACCAAACCAUUGAGGGGAAACAGAGGACUCACAUAGGAAAGGGGCGCGCGACGGACGAUGGGAUUGAGGGUCGACGUCGUGAAUCGCAGGACUGGGGGCGACGACGAACGGCAGGACGGACGAAGGCUGGGGCGGAGCGACGCUGACGCGAGGUGACUGACGAUGGCGGCGACAACGAUUACGACGGGCCGACGGCUGCAGUGGGGACGCCGGGGUAGGGCGAUGACGACGUCUGCAGCGUGGACGCCGCGCCGGAGAGGGGAGGUCAGGGAACAAGGGAAUGGGAGGGUAGUGACGGGGCAGGGUGGGAGACUUUCUCCCGCUGGAAUUGGUAUCGCGAAUUAGGGUUGCGGGAGGAUUUGAUGGACUGGGACGCCUUGGAGAUGACGAGGCGAGGACGACGACAGGCGGCCGGGAGGGCUGGGGUUUGUUGGGGAGGAAAUCGGAGGAGGUGGUGGAUUGGCGGGCGGAGAAAUUUUUGGGAGGUCGAAUUUAGGGUUCCCUUUCAGUUCUACUCUGUAAUCGCGACAAGAGGGAGACCUAGGCGAGGGCACGACGCGGUUUGGCCAGGUGAAGUGGGAUUCGUGGUUAGGGCGGUUAACCGCGCGCGGUUUCGGUUAUGACCUCCAACCGAAUUUCGCCUCCUUCGCCAGGAAUUGACCAACCGCAAACCGCAUUAAUAUUUCGGUUUUCGGUUAACUAUAAAACCGACAUUUUCGU